AGUUGCGGGAGCCGGGGUUUCUCAGGCGUAGUGUUUUGAGUUGGUGCGACGGCGUUCAGAAUGGUCCAGCGUUUGACCUACCGCCGUAGGCUCUCCUACAACACAGCGUCCAACAAAACGAGGCUGUCCCGAACCCCUGGGAAUAGGAUCGUUUACCUUUAUACCAAGAAAGUUGGGAAAGCACCGAAGUCCGCGUGUGGCGUGUGCCCAGGCCGACUGCGAGGCGUUCGUGCUGUGAGGCCUAAAGUUCUUAUGAGAUUGUCUAAAACGAAAAAACACGUCAGCAGGGCCUACGGAGGUUCCAUGUGUGCUAAAUGUGUCCGCGACAGGAUCAAGCGUGCUUUCCUUAUUGAGGAGCAGAAAAUCGUUGUGAAAGUGUUGAAGGCACAAGCACAGAGUCAGAAAGCUAAAUAAAAAAAUGAAGCUUUUUUUGAGUAAUAAAAAAAGUCAAAAGGCUU